AAGAAGGAGUGAAAAAUGACGAACCAGCACCGAGCACGAGCACUGCAAAGAGACUCAUUCCCACCGCGAGCAGCUGGAUUUUGGACUUUUAUGUUUUCGGUAGUUUCAGUCAGAGGAGCAAGACAUGGGUUUUCCUGCACAUUUAAGAGAUUUAUAUUCUUGCUAUGCAGAGAUAGCUUAUACUGGUUAUGCUAUCUAGUCGAAGAUGUUCCAACUGUUGCAUUGUACCCUACUGCAACUUCAUAUUUCCGAUCUUUUACUCCUCAUCACUGCAUGCAUCCAAGAACAUACCGGACACCAAGGUAUCUUUCAAGAGUGCCCUCUGUAUCUUCAUCAGGUUUUCUUUUAAUGCAGAUAUCAAAUAUUGUUGGAAGCCAUGGUAUUCUGGGAAACUGGCUAUCUGCCAGAUACAUAAGUAAUGCAUCAGUUGAGCUAAAGACUGACAAUGAUGUUGUACGGUUCUCCCUGGAUAAGCCCGAUGAUAUUAAUUCUGCUAAGAGCCAGAAGAAGAAAACAGUUAAAAUGUCUAAAAAGGCUAAGCUGAAUGAGCUCAGAUUCUAUCGUCUGAAGGCCAAAAAAAAGAUGAAUUCCCCAAAUCCAGAAGUUAGAAUUAGAUAUAAGCUUGAAAAGGCCAAGCGAAAGGAAACAUGGUUGAUUGAGAAGCUAAGGAAAUUUGAUGUACCAAAACCCCCAGCAGAAACAUUUGAUCCUGAAAUUUUAACUGAAGAGGAGAGGCAUUACCUGAAGCGCACUGGUGAGAAAAAGAAGCACUAUGUUCCAGUUGGGAGACGAGGAGUGUUUGGUGGGGUAGUUCUAAACAUGCAUCUCCACUGGAAGAAUCAUGAGACCGUAAAGGUUAUCUGCAAGCCUUGCAAACCAGGACAGGUUCAUGAAUAUGCAGAAGAGCUUGCUCGGCUGAGCAAAGGCAUUGUGAUUGACAUCAAGCCCAAUAAUACUAUCAUUUUUUACCGUGGAAAGAACUAUGUACAGCCAAAAGUAAUGUCACCUUCUAAUACUUUAUCAAAAGUGAAGGCCUUGGAGAAAUAUAAGUAUGAGCAGUCCCUUGAGCAUACAAGCCAGUUCAUUGAAAAGUUGGAGAAAGAACUUGAAGAGUAUCAUCAGCACCUUGCAAAGUUUAAAAAAGGCAGAGAGGGUACAACGAAAAUUGUUGGUUGGCAUUGAGGAAGCAUGAUACUAUCUUUGCUGGACACAAAUGUCACAUACAUUAGGCUCGGACAUCCAAUUGGCUCUUGAGCAAUAUGAAUGCAUGUUCCUCUGCAGUCCUUCUCCCAUGCUAUAACGAUUACAUCAGUUACACAGUCUGUGCGUGAUGAAAUGUCAAGCAUCCCACAUAUUCUAUUCCAAGGUCUUGUUCAUUACUUCGGAUGUUACUGAUUGAAGAAGGAUUGCUCAAACCCUUUCACCGAAAGUGACUGAAACACAGUUCACAUGACAUGACUUCCUUUGUAAUAGGUUUCUUUAUUAUUAUUUUAAACAAUGGUUACAAUGAAGUUGUGAAUUAUUUAAAUACAUCUUUAUUAACCCUAUUCUAGUAACUUAGAUUUUUGUUAAUUAUGUAACUUAGACAUUGUGCUGUUGUGGUUAGCGUCCCUCUCUUUCUACUCCGGUCCGGGUUCAACUCCCUGGUCUGCAAUUUCUUCAUUGGUUUGGAACGAAGAUAUUGUAGAUGUUGA